AUGGCUGCCAAAGACGCUCUCGGACGUCCCAUUGGGACCAAGACAUUCAUUCCUCUUGAGAACAAUCCUGAAGUCUUCACAUCUCUCGUGCACGAAUUGGGACUCUCGCCCAAGCUCCGCUUCUUCGAUGUCUACAGCCUCGAUGACCCAGAUCUUCUCGCCAUGGUGCCUCGCCCCGCCCAGGCCUUGAUCUUCAUCACUCCCGCGCCCAUGUACUACGCAGUUCGCAAGGAGGACGGGCACAAAGAAGUGAAGAAUGCGAGCGAGCUGACCUACAACAAGUCGGGCGACCAGGAGCCCGUCGUGUGGUACCUGCAGACAAUUAACCAUGCCUGCGGCCUCAUUGCCCUCCUGCACGCCGCGAGCAACGGUGAUGUCAGGCAGUCUGUCGACAAGGGCUCGAUCCUGGGUCGGCUAAUCGAGUCGGCCGUCCCGCUGGAGCCUGGUCCACGGGCUGACCUCCUGUAUAACAGUGAGGAACUGGAGAAAGCUCAUAUGAAUGCUGCGAGAACGGGUGACAGUGCCGCACCCCAGGCUGAAGACCCAUGCGGGUACCAUUUCCUGGCUUUCGUCAGGGGCAAGGAUGGACAUCUGUGGGAGUUGGAGGGGGGCUCAGAUGGACCGAUCGACAGGGGCAGUCUGCCAGAGGGCUCUGACAUGCUAAGUGCCGAGGCCCUCGAUUUGGGUGUGAAGCGUUUCCUCAAAUUUUCCGAGGGGAAUCUGGAGUUCAGUAUCAUAGCGCUGUCUGAGUCUGAAUAG